GCUCGACUUGCUCGACCAAAUUUCUUAAGAGAAUACGUGUGUGAGAGAACGAAAUGAAUAUAGAGAGAGAGAGAGAUGACGAAUGAAAGAAAUGAGAAAUAAAAAAAAAGAAACAUAAUUUACAAUAAAUUAAAUUAUCUAAUAUGAUUUGGGAAAAAUAAAUAAAGCUUCAAUCCGAUCACGUGCGUAGCGUACGUUUAGCAGUACAAUUAUCCUUGAAAGUAAUCUACGAGUUAUACAAUUCGAAAGGUUUCGUAGCUUAAACUCGCUAAAGCUUUUCUCUCGUUUAUAUACUAUAUUUAUAAAUUUAAGUACUAUAUUUAUAAAUUUAACAAUUCUAAAGAAAGAAGAAUAAUUUUUGUAUUAACAUUUCGAAAAUGUAUGCAAAGUGAGACGAUUAUUCUUUAUUCGUAUUUUAUUAUAUAUUGAUCUAUAUUCAUUUUCUUUCUUUUUUUUUUUUUUUUUUUAAUGUACUAGUCAAACGUUGAGAAGAAUCGAAAAGUAAUGUGUAAAUGUUUUUAAUUAGUAUCGGUAUACAAUGAAAAGAAAAUGUUGUUCGAUCUAAGAGAUGUGAGCGUUGCCUUUUAUCACUUAUGCGAUUCGAUCAUGAUUCUAUUGCACGUGGAUCAUGAAUCAACGAUUGUUAAAUAUAUUUUCUAGCUUAUUAAAUCGAAUUAAAAGCGAGCGUAUAUUGUAAUCAUAUAUCGUAUAACCGUAGUCUUAUUAUAGUGCAUACGAAACUCGCUUCUAGUCGAGCAAAACUGAUCGAAUAUUAUCAAUUGAUCUCCUCGACUUAAUAAUAAUAAAAAAGAAAACAAAAUUAAUGAAAACAGAAAGAAUAAAAAAAUAUAUAUCGAAAGGGAGAAACAACUCGACAAAAAAGCGAAAACACGGAGCCAUAAAACUUCACGAUAAUUUUUUUUAGACGAGGUUACCGAUUUUUCUGUGCCAUCUGUACGAAAUAAAAUAAAAAGAAAUAACUCGUCGGAAUCGAUAAAAAAAAAGUAACAAUAACAACAAUGAUAAUACUAUAAUGAAUGAUGACGAUUACGAUUAUAAUUAUAAUUAUGACUAUAAUAAUAAUAAUAUAAUAAUAAUAAUAAUAAAAGUGUAAUAUUUUAGUUCGUAAGACUUUAAAAAAAGAAAAGUUUUAAUUGACGAGCGUAAAAACAUCCUACGACAGAUGCGACAAGGAAGAAGACAAAUUUUUCAAAAAAUUAUUAAUGAUUUAUGUAGACGUGUCUGUUAACGAUCGCGAUUGAAUAAAUUGAAAUUUUGAAUCGAUGGAUAAUCGGGCAUAAGCCUCUUCUCUGUAUCUGUGUACGUGUUGCUUAAAAUAAAAUGAAAUGUAUACUUCUGCUUAGUUCUUAAAAAAAAAAAAAAACUUCUUCUAAUCUAUUGUUACAAUUUAACAUUAGAUAAAAAGUUGAAUAGAAUUUGACGUCGAUAGAGAGAAUUCCUAUUUUAAAUCCAUAUCCUACGAAAAUAAUAGCAUUGUUCGCACGAAAUACCAUUCACGAUUGUAAUCCGAUAAAACCGAAAGCGUUCUUUCUCUUACGGUCGUUAAACUCGAGAGUGUAAUUUUCGAAGGAACUUCGAAAGUAGGAACUAAAUCGUGAACAGACUUUUAUUGAUUCGACGUUUGCUUCUAAUAAUGUUCAUAACAUCGUUCGAUAUGAAAUCAGCUUCAAAGCGAAAGGGAAAGCAAUUACGUGAAAUAGCCGUUAAUCCUUCGAAUAUCUAACUAUGACGUCAAUAUUGCGUUAUAAUAAUUUUCACGUAUUUAAUGGAGGUCGUUGGGGCUCUUUGGGGGCUUUCAUAUCGACAUGUUUAAUAAAAGCGAAGAAGUCUCUUUAAAAAUAUAAAAAGUACAAGUAUAAAAGUUCAAAAAGUCAAAAAAGGCCGGCGCAAUCGUUGCGUGUAACUAAUGAGCUUCUUUCUUUAACAACUUAAAUAGAUACUUUCUGUUCGAAAUUUGUUUAAUAAGAAAUCGGUAAAAGGAGUUUGCGCGAACUACCUAUAAUAUUUCUGUUUUUAGGUAAUACGCGGUCGUCGCUCAUACUUCCGGUGUCCUUCACAAGCUCGCGCGCGCGGAAGCAGGACUACGAAAGGCAGGAUUUAACCUGUGCGCGCACACCUGCCUCGCGAAACCAAACCACGCGCCAGUUAGUAUCUACAUUUCGUCUCGAAUAGAUCUCUCUUCCAUUUUUUUUUUCCCCACUAACACAAUUCGAUCCGAUUACGCGAUGAUAUUUCAUUGCAAACAAAAUAAUAGAUAAAAUGAACAAGACGAUUAUUAUUAUUUUCAUUUUAGAGAAGACUAUCAUCGAUGAAUCUCAAACAACGUGAUCGAUCGCAAAAAUAAAUAACUUCUUUCAGACUUUCCUCAACGUCCUACCGUCUCAUUCGCUAUUCUAUUAGACAUAUAGAUCAUGCUCCGGCAUGGCAGUAAAAUGCUUGGAAGGACCUUUCAUAUUCAGGCUCAACGAGAACGGUACAGGACCUCAUCUGCUCGUCCAGGUAUGCACGGAACGUGGAUGGAGGGAAUACGCGGUUGACAAUAAUGUAUUCAAAGAUCGAUGGAAUUUAUGGUGGCGGUCCGGUGGUUUUCCUUCGUCCCAUUAUAAACCAUUAUUUCCUUGGCAGUUCGUUAAUCGAAUACCAAAAGGAAACUCGAUCUGCAGGAAGGACAAUCUCGUGCGUCAUUUAAAAUGCAUGAAAAAGGGCCACGGUUCGAUUUACGACUUCAGUCCUGUAGGAUAUAAUUUGCCUUCGGAAUACACGAAACUCGCCGAAGAUUGUAGUCGUUACGAGAAGGAUGAUAGAGUGUGGAUUUGCAAGCCGGUUGGCCAAAGCCAAGGAAGAGGAAUAUUUCUUUUCCGUAAAUUAAGCGAUCUUUCGUACAACAAUUCCGCAAUUGUACAAAGAUACAUAGAAAAUCCUCUUCUCAUCGGUGGUUACAAAUUUGAUCUUCGUCUUUACGUCUGCGUACCUUCUUAUCGUCCUUUAACGAUAUAUCUUUACAAGGAAGGAAUAGCACGAUUUGCAACGGAAAAAUUUUCCUUGGAACGUUUGGACGAUCCUUUCCGUCACUUAACGAAUUUCUCUUUGAACAAGCUAGGUCCAGGAUAUUCGGAAAAAAAAGAACGCAUUGGUGCUGGUUGCAAGUGGACUUUGAGACAACUGAGACGAUACUUCGAGCAAGCUGGAUACUUUGAUUGGUUUCUUUGGCAAAGAAUAGCUUGUUUAGUGAGUUUAACGAUUAUUAGCCAAGCAGCUGGUAUACCAAGUUCGUCUAAUUGUUUCGAGUUCUUCGGCUUUGACGUGCUUAUUGAUGAAAAUUUAAAACCAUGGCUAUUAGAGGUAAACCUUAGUCCAGCUCUAAGCAACGAUUGUGAGAUCGAUUCAGAAGUGAAGAAACCAUUGUUACACGAUUUGUUCGAUCUGUUAGGACUUCCAGUUUGUAAUACUGGACUAUCGUUGUUUAAAAUUUGGUCUUACGAACGAGUCAACGAAGAAAACGCGUCUUCCAAAUUAUCCGCUAAUCGUUCGACGAAAAAGAAAUCUAAAUUUCAUCGCAACGGUGACACCAUCAUGAAUUUGUAUUCCGAAACAAGUUCUUCCUAUAAGGAAUCGUCUUCAGAAAUGUGUCCGACUUCCUGGUCUCGGUAUAAUCCUUUAUUGAUGGACAAAUGCAUUAGACGUGAUUUCAAAAGAAAUAACAUCAACGAUCAUUCAUCAUCGACUUCAAUAUGGGAUAAUGGUAAAGACUGGAACGUUCCUUGCGUUAGAGAAGGAGGAUGGGUUCGUAUUUGCCCAUUAACAAGAUUCAAACAUUCCAAGAAUGCUGAUUUUUCUCAACCGGAUGCGUCUCGUUCCAUUGAUAGAGAAAUCAAAGACACGAUUCUUUAUAUAAACAAGUAUUUAAAAGCUGCCAAAGAUAUUCAACGAGGAAAUGAAAAACAAAAAGACGACCAAUAUAAUACUCUUCUGCAAGCUUCACUUGAUUUAAAUGCAGAAAUUUGGCUGCCAGAAAAGUAGAACGUAAUUCAAUAUUUCUCUCUCGUUAAAGUCAUGAGUUAAGCAGCAGUAAACUGCUUUCAUCGAUCUAAAUCCUUUCUUGCGUGUGUUCAUUUUAAAAUUAGAUAUUUUUCUUUUUUUUUAAGAAAAUAAGAAAAUAUUAUAUAUACUAAAAUUGAAGAAAAUUCUAAUAUACAUCAUCUAAUACUUAAUUAAUAAUUUUAAUCUAUCUCUUCCUGUUAACGGCCAUAGCCGUGCUGAGAACACAAGAUCUCUUUCGAUCAUUAACGUUAAGCAACACUGGGCACGGUUAGUACUUGGAUGGGGAUGACCCGCUUGGGAACACCGUGUGCCGUUAACACUUUAAUCCGCCUGCAUAAUCACUGGGUGGAUUGUGAGUAGCUCGGUUUUGGUUAUGUUGCCGGUCCCAAGCCCGGAUAAAGGAUGAGGGUUGUGAUGAAAGAUUAGGUUAGCCCCCUGCCCGAUCUAAAAACCUAGAACAAGGCUCACAGAAUCCAACGAUUCGCCUGGCGAGUCGCGAUGAGGAACAGGCAAUUUGUGCCUAUAUUUGGAAGAAACAAGAAAGGAGGAAGAAGAAGAAGAGGAAAUAAGAAGAAAAUCUAUCUUCUAAAGCUAUUAAAACUACAUAUUGAAAAUUUUGAAAUCACACACAGAUAUACAGGCUGCCGAAAGUGGCAAAAACAGGAAAGAUAGGAACAAGACCACCGGGAAGACCUCUAAAACGGUGGUAUAAAAGAUGGACAUCGUCGUCACAGGAAGAACAAACGCCAUGAAGAUGACUAUAUAGCUAAAAUAUAACAGCUGGAGAAAGCUACAAAGCUUUGACACACUUGACGCACACUUGACACUCUUGUCCCUUGGUAAACUGAUAUAUGCCUUCAGACUUUUACCAAUGAU